AUGAAUACAACUAGUAUUGGACUUAGGAGUGACUCACCUCAAUCGUCAUUGAAUCAGAUACCAGAUGAUGGCAGGCUGGAUAACCAUACCCCACUGAGUGCACAUUCUACUCCGAACCAAACGGAAGAAGACAACAACUCCAGCAAGUCGGCUGCUAAAAAGUCCAAAAACAUCCCAGUUGAACUAACAGCGUAUGGUACAACUCCUUCUGGUAAACCUCGUUUAUUUGUCUGUCAAAUUUGUACUCGUGCAUUUGCAAGAUUGGAGCAUUUAAGGCGACAUGAAAGAUCUCAUACAAAAGAAAAGCCAUUUAGUUGUGGAGUGUGUCAGCGAAAGUUUAGUCGAAGAGACUUGCUUUUACGACACGCCCAGAAAUUGCAUGCUGGUUGCACUGAUGCAAUCACCAGACUUAGACGUAAAUCGAUUAGACUGAAGGAUGAUGACGAUGAUGAUGAUGACGAGGGACAAGAUGGAUCUAAUCAAGAGGUAGACAACACAUCAAAGAUGAAGGGAGAACCGGUUGAGUUUAACUUGAAUUUGUUUGAUUCAAAGGCAAAAACUACUAAAGCCAAAGUACUGAAAGCAAAACGCCAUAAUACAGCAGGAGCAUCUGCGUCUGCCCAACAUCAAUCAGCACUACCCUCAGGGGCAACUGUGACCCCUGCUUCGUCUACACCGUCUUCAUCUAACGUCACCAGAAAAAGUUCCAACCCUCCUGGUUUAAAGAGACAUGUACUUGAACACAAAAGAAAUAAGCCAGAGCUAGCUGGUUCUUCGGGAAUUGCUAUAACACCAACAAGAGCAAGAAGGGGGACAUCAUUUUCAGCACAAUCGGGUGCAAACUAUGCUAUGAAUAUCCCCGAGUUCAACGAUGUGUACCCUCAAACUGACAAUGUUGAAUUUUCAACUCCUCAAUUCCUACCAUCCAGCAGUGCUGAUGAGAUGAACUGGUUAGAAAAUUUAGCUCACAUUCCAGGACUAUCGGACUCUUCCAAUAUCGUCAAGAUGCAACGAACAAGUUCCAUAACCUCGGGUGUCAAUGGGUACCCUACACCUCCGGUAAAUGUCAGUCACCACGGUUCGUUCUCACACCCGUCACAUUUAUCAGCCAUGGCUCAGAGCAGAACUGAUAGUGUUAAUAGUACAAACUCGCAGUUUGAUGGCGGAUACAUGAUGCCAACUGUUACGUUGACAAGCCAGGAAAUCCAAAAUGGCGUUAAUGCGCGCCACCAACUGCAGCUACAUCAUCAUCAUCAUCAACAACUGCAACAACUGCAACAGCUGCAACAGCUGCAGCCUCAAGAACAAGGAACUACGCAUCUACCACCACAGCAACAGAUUCAGCAACCUAACCAACAAGGCUUUCAGCAUUCUGGUCAACUCGAUAAGUACUUGGAUGGGUCGGGUUAUUCCUUUUACGAUAUACCGGAUGAUUUGUUAGACCAAGCUUUGCAUGUAGAUCCAGCGUCGCAUAUUCGUGUGUUGACUCCGAUACUACAGGAGCCCGAUGAAGAGCGUACUACUAGAAGAGUGAAUGAAAAUAUGGAAGCUGAAUGGAAUUUCCUUAAUGAUAUCGAUGAGUUGACUCAUGAAAUUGAUGUCGGAGCAAAGUUCAUGCCAGGUGGAUACUCGUUUUAUGGUGACCAAUUCUCGGCCAGCUCUUCUGGUGUUGACGCAAGCUCUCCCGCCCAUUUGAAAUCUCCACCCAAGGCCAAUAGCUCCCAGCUGAAUGUGGCGAAUCCGAUGUUUGAAAAUACAAUUGAUCAACGACAAUUGCUAAAUAUGGAAAAUGUUGCAACUCCUCAACGAGAACUCUUGGAACAAAUGCCCAAGAUGAGAAUGGGCAACUUUUCAAGAAACAAGAUGUUCACGAGCCAUUUGCGUCAGCUUAUCAAUCGUGCUUUAAACAAGUAUCCUAUAAGUGGGAUUUCUACCCCAGUUAUUCCAUCGAAUGAAAAAUUAGAAUCAUUUCUUUAUCGCUUUGUUCAAGAUUUCUUGUCUCAUUUCCCAUUCAUACAUGUGUCAAAAUUAAACGAGUAUGAGAUUAUGAGCAUGGCAUCGGAUGAAGAUGAAUCGAAUGAAAGUGCUAGAGUCUGCUUGCCUUUAUUAGCCGCCACCAUUGGUGCUUUAUUGUCCAACAGCAAGAAUGAUUCUGAACACUUGUAUGAAGCGUCAAGAAGAGCCAUUCAUAUAUAUUUGGAAAGUAGGAAAAACCCUCUACAAACCAAAGCUAAUGAAGGAGGACAAAAGAAUCCUCUUUGGCUUAUACAGUCGCUUACAUUAUCAGUCAUUUACGGUUUGUUUUCGGAUAACCCUAAUAAUGUGUUUAUCGUCAUGAGACAAUUGAAUGCCUUGAAUUCGCUUGUGAAAACAUCAAUAAAGAAUAACGAAGAUGUGUUGUUUUCCAUUCAUGGCGAAGACAAAAUGAUUCAUGACAAGUUGAUUGAUGCAAGCAGGAAACAAACUGAAGAGACAUCGUUAUUUUCCAAUAGUUUGAGUGAUGAAAUGAAAUUUAAAAAUUUAAUCAAUGUGCAAUCACAAACGCGAAUUGUCUACAUUAUUUACCGAUUGACGAAUUUUCUUUCCAUGAUGUACAAUGUGCCAUUGACGUUAUCAGCCAAUGAUUUAGAUCAACUUGAUGUUCCUAAUAGGAGUGAUGAACAUUUAUGGAGCUUUAAAAGCUAUCAAGAGUUUCAGGAAAAUUGCUCCAUCAAUGGCGAAUCUCUAACCAUGUAUUCUCAAUCGAGUCCUAUCAAAUUUAAAGAAUUGUUACUCAGGAUUUCCAAAUCUGCCAGUCCCAGCGUCCCUGUAAAUGAAGAACUUGAUCGGUCAAUUUCGAACAGUCUUGAUCAAUUGGGGAAAUGUGGAUUUAUCUCGUUGGUGCAUGGCAUUUAUGAAAUCAAGCAGUACAAGGAAAUGGCCAAAGUUGAUGCAUUUAAAGUUUUGGAUGAAAUAACCACGCAUUUCCCAGUGCAUGAUGAUAAGCACAAUUUGAUUAAAGAUUAUGAAAAGAUUGAUUAUUUGUUGUUGACAAAUUAUACCAAGAUUUGUACUUGUUUGAAUUUCAAAUUCAUUAAAGAUCAAUUGUGGUUUAAAACUUAUCUGGACUUGGUUGAUAAUUUCAAUUAUGUGUUUGAUAACUUUCCCAAUAAAGGCGAUGAGAAUGUUUAUGAUGAUUAUUUGCGUGUUGCUGAUUGUUGUGUGCAAAUGGUGCAAUUGCUUUCAUUUAGUAGUGACGGAGUGACUGGACAAUAUCCACCACAACAUCAGCAUCAACAUCAGCAUCAGCGACCACAAUCUGGCUGCAGUCAUAAUCCAGAUACCCUUGGACAAGCUCCAUUCUCAACUGAUUUUGGAUAUUUGGACAACACGUCAAACUCAUUCAUGGAGACCAUGGAUGACCACAGUUUUCUUCAUCAUUCCCACACUAACAACCACACAGCCCCAAAUACUAACCCAGUCACGAUUCAAUUUUCAACGCAGUUUGAACUAACCAAUGACUUGGUGCAUGCGCAAAUGUUGUUUCACAUAUUCAACACCAUGGUUAUGUUUUCCAUCUACUUGAUCAGACGCAAAGCGUUGCUUGAAAAACAAGGAUUGGGCAAUGAUGAACACCAAGUUGAGUCAUUGCAUCAAUUGAGCUCUAAAUUGAAUCUGAUUUUGACCGUGGUUGAUCAAAUUGAACAACAAUUGGUUCAGCGCGGGUAUAAACUUGAGAGUGGAGACCUUGGUAAUGCGGGCAUUACUAAGAGCACAACGACAACUGCAACACAAGCUCACGCUGGUGGUUCGUUAUCGUCAAGUAGUCCACACGUGAAGUUGGAACAAGAUUGGUCCCCUACAUCGUACUUGAACACCGCUGGCGCUGGUGGUGAAGACAGUAGCGAUAUUUUCGAAGCCGAUUUACAAAAGACAUUACGAAUCUUACACACUGGUCAAAUGAUGAUGAAUUAUUUAUACGAAUCGAAUUUAAAAGUUUCCAUUUUAAAGAAGUUGGCCUCGAAUUUAGAGUUGAUGAAACAGUACGUGGUUGAGAACAAACAAAAGUUUAUAGCGUGA